AUGUGUCGCGGAGGGGAGGGGGCCAUGUGGAGCGGACGCUUUCUCCUCCUCGCCUGUGUCCUGGCUCCGCUAGCACUCGCGUUCAGUCGUGCGCCCGUGCCCAUGGCGGUGGUGAGGCGGGAGCUGUCGUGCGAGGGCUACCCCAUCGAGCUGCGCUGCCCGGGCACCGACGUCAUCAUGAUCGAGAGCGCCAACUACGGGCGCACCGACGACAAGAUCUGUGACGCCGACCCGGCUCAGAUGGAGAACACACGCUGCUACCUACCGGACGCCUACAAGAUCAUGUCCCUCAAGUAA